UUUUUGGUAAUGAGUCAUCCGCCGGCUGUUUCCGAGGUGUUUUCACUUUUGUUGUGGCCCUCGAAUGGCAUUUAAGGCAUUCCGGUGUAGACAGCGCUGAAAGUAGGACGCACACGCAAUUCCGCGAUUACCCGCCCACAAUCUUAAUCUCAACCAAAUCGAUAUGUUCGACUUCAACUUGGAGUUCGCUCGCGGUGGCGCCCGCUUCACCUCGGAGCUCUUCCAGCUCCUGGCCUCUGGCGGAUUAAAGGACAACGUAGUCUACUCUCCCUUCUCCAUCCAGGCCUGCAUUGCUCUGGCAUUUGCCGGAUCCAAGGGCGAAACCGCCGACGAGAUCGCCAAGGUGCUCCACUUUGUCUCCAACUUCCCCCCGGAAGUGGCACAGACCUUCCAGUUUGUGCUGGAAAAGUACCGUGGCAGCAGCCUCCUGCGAGUGGCCAACAAACUCUACGUUCAGGAGGGCAAGCAGCUGAAGGCUGCCUACCAGGCGGCCAUCAAGGAGCAGUACCAUUCCGAAGCCGAGUCCAUUAACUUUGCCCUGAACGAUGCAGCUGCUCAGGCGAUCAAUGCCUGGGUGAACGGCAAGACUCAGGGCAAGAUCACCGAACUGGUCACCGCCGAUUCCUUUGACGACAACACCAGGGUGGUGCUGCUCAAUGCUCUCCACUUCAAGGGCAGCUGGGCGCACAAGUUCAACGAACAGAAUACCCAGGAGGACGACUUCUGGGUGGGCGAGGAGGAGCAGGUGAAGGUGAACUACAUGAACCAGAAGGCCAAGUUCCCCUACGGCUACUUUGAGGAUCUGGGCUGCACGGCCCUCGAGAUGCCCUACCAGGACUCGGAUCUGUCCAUGUUCGUCCUGUUGCCGCAGGAGCGCACCGGCAUCUAUGACCUCGCCAAGAAGCUCAAGACCGUGAAUCUUGUGGACUUGGCCGACAAACUGGUCGUGGAGGAAGUAAACGUAAAGUUCCCCAAGUUCAAAGUGGAGUACUCCUUGGACUUGGACCAGAAACUAAAAGAGCUGGGUAUCACGAAGAUGUUUACUGAGGGCGCGGAGUUCGACAACCUCCUGGAAUCCCCCGAAGGCGUCUACGUCUCCAAGGCUCUGCACAAGGCCACCAUUGAGGUGAACGAGGAGGGCACCGAGGCGGCGGCUGCCACUGGCAUGAUCAUGAUGACCCGCAUGAUGACUUUCCCGAUCCAGUUCCAGGCAGAUCGUCCAUUCCUGUACGUCAUUUGGAACAGGAAGAACAUCCUGUUCGCCGGCGCUUUCGUCAAGGCAGCUUAGAAGCUAGAAUCUCUAGAUAUUAUAUUUUUUGAACCAUUUUGUAUUGUUUUUAUUGAAAAGUAUUUAAAACUAAAUAGAUCCAUGACACAGUCA